GAGGGGGCCGGAGAAGCGGGGCGAGCGCCGAGCGGCGGCGGCGGCGGCGGCAGCAAGAUGGCGGCCAAGUCGGACGGCGGCGGGGGCGCGGGGGUCGGCUUCGCCCAGCUGCACAACCUGGACGAGGCGGCGGCGGCGGCGGCCGCGGCGGGGGGCGGCGGCGGCGGCGACGGGGCGGCCGAGGAGGGCGGCAGCAGCUCCCUGCACAUCUGCCACUGCUGCAACACCUCGUCGUGCUACUGGGGCUGCCGGAGCGCCUGCCUGCGGAGCCUGCUGGGGCGGGCGGGGGGCCGGGCCGGCGGCGGCGGCGGCGGGGGCACGGACCCGCUGGCCCCGGGCUCCUCCUCCGAGGGGCCGCCGCACUCCCCGGGGGGGCCCGGCGGCGGCGGCGGCGGCGGGGGCGAGCGGCCGUGGCUGGACUGCCUGUGGAUCGUGCUGGCGCUGCUGGUGCUGCUGGGGGACGUGGGCACGGACCUGUGGCUGGCGCUGCACCACUACGGGCGGCGGGACUACGUGUGGUGCGGCCUGACCCUGGCCUUCGUGCUGCUGCCCUCCGUGCUGGUGCAGAUCCUCAGCUUCCGCUGGUUCGUGCAGGACUACACGGGCGGCGGGCUGGGCGCCGUGCAGGGCCUCAGCAGCCGCGGGCCGCCCAUGAUGGGCGCCGUCGGGCGCCGGCCCGGGGCCGCCGGCACCCCCACGCCGGGGGCCCAGCGCCUCUGCAGGCUCUCGGUCUGGGUCUGGCAGACCGUCAUCCACCUGCUGCAGAUGGGACAGGUCUGGAGCUUAAGUGAAAGACAUGAAGCAUUAAGACUGAAUUGAGGUUAUUUUGAGAUCAUCCGAUGUCCUGCUAGAAGUUGCUGUGAGAUAUCAUCGCCCUGAACAACUUCACGCAGAAUGGUCUGAAAGGUUUUUAUUUGGUGAUGGCAUGUUCAAGAACUUGGAUCAAUACAUUGUAUUUAAUGUUAGGAGAUGUUUUUAAGUUUUCAUAUUUAUAAAAGUGACUUUCAAUCUAGAGAAUCCCAAUGUGCUUUCAGACUAUAUAUACAUACUCACAGCACUGUGCACAGAUGCACAACAAAUGCAGCCACCUCUGGGGUGGGGGGGCAUCCAUGAGCUACCAUGUUGACCGAUCGGGGAGCUUUUGGUCAAGGACCCAGGGGCAAAUUUGAGUCUUACCAGUUGUGCCAUGCGAUGUAACAGCCAUGCAGAGCAGGCGGGACCUUUUUUUUCUUUUUUUAACAUACCAUCCCAAAAACACAGAGUAAAUGGCCUGGUUCAUAGUUUAUCUAUCUCAGAAACAGGAAGAGCCGAGUCACCUGUGCCCUGCACCAGUUUAGUAUGAGCUCCAGGUUUAGCAAAAGUUCCGGUAUGAUUUGUGUGAAAUUAAAGAAAAAAGAAGCUCAUGUUCCAAUCCCUACAAGCCCAGGCCAGGUUAGGAUGUGUAGGGGCUCUAUACUCACUCGCAGCCGUAAAGUCAGCCACUAGAAGCUUUGGGUGGAAUUCCAGCCCUGUGGAAGUCAAUGGGAGUUUUGCCAUUGAUUUCAGUGGGGUAGGAUUUCAUGCCUCCAGCCCACAAGCUUUUAGGCAUAUUGCGCUUUAACCUCACGUUUAAGACCAUCCCUAUUCAGCAAAGCACGGGGGGUGUGUCUGCACUGCAGUCCUGGGGCGUGAUUGUAGUCUGUGUAAACAGACCCAAACUAGCUUUAAUUUAGGUACCAGAUCAGGGAACCCACAGUAGCAUGAGCUUCAGUGUGGGCUUUACAAGCCUGCCUGGCUAAUUACUCUGGCAGCUAGCAGAAGCCCACACCACGCUUUAAUUCUCCUAGCUGCACUUGAAUAUCGCUCAGGUGUGUCUGCGCAUGCUGCAAUCACACUUGGUAAUUGCAGUGCAGACAUACUCUUAAUGACAUGCUUAACAGCUUUGCUGGGACAGGGCCAGAAUUGGUGUGAUAGUUGUCACAUGCAGAGUAAUUUCUGGUGUAAUGCUGAAUACCUACCUCAUCGCAAAUGGAAAUUAUGUGAGCGAGGAGGGAAAAUGAACUUCAUAAAGGUUCAUUUUAGGGUUCCGGCCCUGUGAUCAAGUGUCAUGUGCCAUGAACAGCAUCAUUCUGACUGCACGGGAUAGAUAGACCUGUGUAAUAAAGAAGAGGAGAAAACACAGAAAACUAGCCCUGUGUGCAUUUAUUGUGGGGGGCGAUUCUCCCUCUGUUGGUAGCCUCUCUCCCUCCCCAUAGAACUUUUUUUUUAAGCAACUUUCCUUUUAAAAAGCCUAUUAAAGUCUACUUUGAUAUUUGUGAGUUUUGUUCAGCUGUAUAUAAGAAAUGUAUACGGUCUGUUGCCACAUAGCCCAGCCGAGGUGUAAACUACUAUGAGAUUCUGAAGGGACAGAUUUUCAUUGCUGAGCCUUACAAAAAGGACAGCUCAAUUAAAAGCAGAAGUUGCACCCUGGUAGGUUUGGGGUGGGUAUCUAAGUUCAGAAAUCUCAGCAGAAGCUUCAUCGGCCUAAAGAUAGAAAUGACCUCGUAUCCCUUUCUGCCAGUGUAUCUGUUUGAGGUCUUUGUGUCAUCCGGUUUCACAGGUCUCCAGUGAUUGGGCUCUUACAACUUCCUCAGGAGACUAGUCUGUCAUCUAGCUCCCUGUUCAGAGUUUUACGUGAUGUUCAGACACAAUUUUCAGUUCCAUGAUUCAUCCCAUUUCUUCUUGUAUCAAUAUAAAUAAUGCCUCUUCUUCGUUAGUGUUUAUGGCUUUCAGAGACAUGUAGGCUGUUACGGCGUUCAUGCCCUUAGCGUGGAUUCAGCCAAGCUAUACGUCAUUAAGCUCCAAUCCUGCAAACACUUGUGUGCGUUACUUUCUAUGCAUGUGUAGCCCACUGAGCUGUUGAGUGGGACCAUGCAUGCGCCUAGUCACUCACGUGCAUAAGUGUUUGCGCUAUCCGCUAGUGAGUCCAGCAAUAGGCAGGAUCAAGGAAAGAAAAAAGUGAUGUUUGAGUUUCCCGUGCAGCAGCAGAAUGUUUAAAUUGUCAGUCCUGAGCCUUUUCAAAUGCAUAAUGGCUUUUCUAGUCCGAUUGAGUUUGUAAAACCAUUUUUUGUUAAUAAACCUACAUUUUGGGCCUUAAAGUAUUUGUCUGUGAUCCUUUGACGUGCUUUUGAUGGAUGUUAAGUGCUGACAACGAGCUCAGAGCUGCACAUACUACGGGCUCAGUCUGGUAAGGAGCUACGCGCUCUGACCACAGUUCAGCUUGACCACAUGCUCAGUUUUAAGCAUCUGAGUUCUACUCAGAGAUUUAAAUUGAGCACGUACUUAGCUGGAUUGGAGCCAGUGUGCUCAAUACCUUGUAGAACUCUUGUCUGUUAAGGGAUACUUAUGAUCCCUAUCGCUGUAAUAUCUGAGCACAUCACAAGCAUUAAUGAACUUAUCCUCACAUAGCCCUGUAUGGUAAAGAAGUACUAUUAUCCCCAUUUUAGAGAUGGGGAAUUGAGGCACAGAGAGACUAAGUGACUUGUCCAAGAGCACACAAGAAGUCUGUGGCAGAUCCAAGACUAGAAUUCAGGUCUCCUAAGUCCCAGUUCAGUGCCUUAAGCACAAGGCAAUCCUCCUUUCCUACAGGAAACAAACACGCAAUUCCCAUAUUGAGAAUAUUGCAAUAUUUUUUUAAAGGGUGGCAGACAGUACGAUAAUUAAGGUUGAGUACAGUAGAUAGUGUAUCUAUUAAACUGUUUACAUUAUCAAAAGAUUUGAUGUGGUCCUUACCAGGGGGACUUACUAUGUUGCCAUAAAUCAGCACAUCAAUACCUGUUAUUUUAGAAGGACUGGUGAAUUUCAGGCAUUUUUGACUAGCGUGGAAGACUCAAUCCUAAUAUGUUCUUUAGUGUAGUAUAUUGUUCAUCUUCAUUUUCAGAACAGUGUUCCUUAAAUAAAAUGCUUCUGCACUUGAUCAAAGGGAAUAAAUGUAAUCAGCAAAUCAGCCACUCAGGACAAUUCCCUGCAUAUGGUACGUGUCCUCUCCCAUGAAGGAGAGGCACUUUAAGAAACAUCCUCAUCCAUUUUAGCAUGUGAUUGGCCAGGUCUUUCUGUGUCAUUUUGCUCAUCUAGAGGUAUCAUCUUGAAAGAACUGAGGCAUUCUGAAGUGAAUUACAGGACUGUGAAGAUUGCAAGACUGGUGGAAUGGAAAUGACCUUGGAAAUGGUAUUUCUUGAAGAUUACUGUAGAUACUGCAUAGGACACGGUGUAUGUACUCCCAAUAAAUAACCUGCCUGCCUGACAUUCUUAAAACAAAAAUUCCCAUACAUGGGCUGGGCUAGUUUAUUUUAAAUGUUUGGCUUAUUUUUUUACAGUUGUCCUUAUUUUUAAGUAAAGUUUUUUGGCCCUUUGGGUAUUACAUGCUUUUAUAAUCUUUCCAUAAUUACAUUUACAAAUCUGCUUUUGAGCUGCUGAUAUAUUAAAUCUUGCAAACUGAAUCCCUUUAUGUGUUAACCUACAUUUGUAUGUUGUCUUCAUUCCUUUUGGCUGUAAUUAUCCAAGCUCUCAUACCAGGAUUAAUCCAAGAGCCGCCGAAUUAUGCUUGUCAUUUUUUUUCUUUCUCUGUAGCAAACUUUCUCUUCUUUAUAAACAGGCUUGGCAGAAUUUAAUUCCAGUGUUUUAUAAUUUCAGUGGAUAAUAUUGAUGACUUUUUGAACUUUUUUCUAUUUUUAUCCAUUGUAAAAGUUCAAUUAUGCAAAAUUAUGAGUUGUAAGGAUUUUUAAUGUAAAUGUUGCGCACGUGUGGGAAAUUCUGGGGGUUCUGGCAGACAGUGAGGUGGUCACACACUAAUUAUUUAAUGCCAGUAGACAUUGAGACUCGAAAAGUUAAAGCUUUAUACCAAAAAACAAUUUGUAUAUUUUGACAAGUAAAUGUCCUUAAAUCAAACUCUAAA